AUGCUGCUUCCUCCACCAGUUGGCACGGCGCUGCCACUCGUCAAGACGCUCGCCGACACCGUCGACUUCAGCAAGACCGUGCUACCCUUCGUCGACCAGCUCUAUGCUCUCCCUCAGCAGCUCGUGCAAGCAGGCGCCGACACGCAAGCCCUCAAGCACCUGUACCUGUCCACGAACCCUCUGAUCUCUGGCCUCGCCUUCGCUCUCGCCAUUACGCCCAUCUUCCUCAUCGUCUCCGAGAUCAACAAGAACUACUCCCAAGUCGAUCGCUGCUGGAGUCUGCUGCCCACCGUCUACAAUCUCCACUACGAUGUCUGGGCUCGCUUGAACGGCCUGCCUUCCCAGAGACUCGACAACAUCCUCGCCUUUAGUGUCUGCUGGUCCAUCCGUUUGACCUUCAACUACUGGCGCAGGGGUGGCUACAGCAUUGGCUCAGAAGACUAUCGCUGGGAGACUGUCCGCAGCUGGGUCAAUCGCCCGCUCUUCUUCGUCUUCAACGUCUUGUUCAUCUGCAUCGCCCAGAGCCUUCUCCUCUUCAUGGUCACCACCCCUACCUACGUCCUCAUGCUUGCCUCUCGCGUCACUGGCCAGGGCAUGAACACGGCCGACAUCGUCUUCGCACGCGUCCUCAUGGCCCUCGUUCUUCUCGAAUUUUUUGCCGACGGUUCGCAGUGGAACUUCCACAAGGCCAAGCAUGCCUACCAAAAGACCGCAAAGGUCCCUGCUGGCUGGACUCGCGAAGACCUCGAGCCAGGCUUCAACACCACUGGUCUGUUCCGCUACUCGAGACACCCCAACUUCCUCGGCGAACAGCUCAUUUGGGUCACCCUGUACCAGUGGGGAUGCACCGAGACUGGUUCCCUGUACAACUGGACCGGCAUUGGCGCCAUGUCGUAUCUGAUCCUCUUCCAAUCCAGCACUUGGCUUACCGAGAAGCUGAGCGCUGAGAAGUACCCCGAAUACAAGAUCUACCAGCAAAGAGUCGGCAAGUUCUUGCCCAAGCUCACUGGUUCUGGUUGGGCUGAGUACCUGGAGGCACAGAAGAAGGCCCCCAAGAAGAAGUAA